GCUGUCUGCUCACCAUGAAGUUCCCUACGGAUCGGUGCAACGGUUACUGAAACUCCACAAAUUUCACCCAUACCGAGUCAAAUUAGUUCAAGAAUUGAAUGAAGAUGAUCCUGACCGACGUCUUGAGUUUUGCGAGGAGAUGGAGCAACUCAUUCACGAUGAUUUUGAAAUUUUAGAGAAAAUUUGCUUUAGUGACGAAAGCACUUUUUUCCUUAACGGCACAGUCAAUCGCCAUAAUUGUACAUACUGGGCCACUGAAAAUCCUUUCCAAUUCCGAGAAUCCCAUACACAGACACCCCAAAAAAUUAAUGUCUGGUGCGGCAUACUGGGAGAUAAAAUAGUCGGCCCCUUUUUCAUGGAGGAAAAUCUCACCGGUCCUCUGUACCUGACCCUUUUAGAAGAAGCAAUUGUCCCCCGAAUAGUUGAGAUAGUGGAAGCAUCUGAUCAAGAUUUCGAUCCGUGGUUUCAGCAAGACGGAGCCCCCGCUCAUUUUUCUUUAGCUGUUAGAAACUACCUAAAUGCAGAAUUUCCAGGACGGUGGAUUGGCCGGCGCGGUGCCAUUGAGUGGCCUCCAAGGUCACCUGAUCUUACACCUUUGGACUACUUUCUCUGGGGACAUUUGAAGUCCAAAGUUUAUGAGACUGCACCACAAAGCAUUCAAGAAUUAAAGCAACGGAUAGUAGAUGAAUGUGCCAAAAUAACCCCUGAAAUGCUGAGAGACGUACGAAGCGCUUUCCAGGAUCGGUUACUACAUUGCCAAGCUAAAAACGGCGGACAAUUCGAACACGAAUUCGGAAUGAAGUAAAAGAACUUUUCAUCGCCAAAUUUUGUGGCCCUUGUUUUCUU